AUGCUACACUAUACCACUAUGAGAACAUCUCACACAGCAUUCCUUGUCCUCUUCAUCCUCUCGUGCCUUGGCACCGGCUACUCUGGCGGUGGCCAGAACCGCUUCACCUCCAUCAUCAGCUUUGGCGACUCCUACACCGAUACAGGUAACCUUGUCAGGUGGGCUGACCCUGUCCUUGCACCACAGCCUAUCAACAAUCUCCCCAAUGGCGAGACUUUCUUCGGUCGCCCGACCGGACGGGCCAGCAAUGGCCGUAUUGUGCUGGACUUCAUUGCGGAUGCUUUGGGUCUGCCAUUUGUGAAGCCGUAUCUGGCCAAGGGGAAGGCCAACUUUGCCACCGGAGUAAACUUUGCGGUGGCUGGAGCUCCGGCUCUCAACCUGACAUACCUGCAGGGGCAGAACAUGACGGUGAAUCCCCCGAUUAAAAGCUCCCUCGGCGACCAGCUCGUGUGGUUCGAGAAACUGAAGCCUUCGCUCUGCAAGGGACAAGGCGCUGAGUGUUUCGCGAGCACUCUAUUUGUAAUGGGAGAGUUUGGAGCAAAUGACUUCAGGACCUUCAUAAACUCGAACAGGACCGUGGAACAAGCUAGAGCUUAUGUUCCUACAAUUGUCGACAGCAUUUCCAGGGGCGUGGAGAGAUUGAUCCAGCAUGGUGGCAAGUACAUCGUUGUGGCGGACAUCUUCCCGGUUGGCUGCUUGCCAAUGGUACUCACUCUGCUCGCUAGCAGAGACAAGGCAGACUAUGACCAACACGGAUGCCUCAGGGGUGUAAACAGGCUAGUGCCGCAAUACCAAAACUCUCUCCUCCGGCAACGGAUCAAGGUGCUUCGGAACAAAUAUCCGCACACAACGAUCAUCUCCGCCGAGUACUACGGACCCCUCAUUGCAUUUCUGCAUAAGCCAGGACAUUUUGGAUUGAACGGCAGCACGACCCUCCUGACCUGCUGUGGAGCAGGAGGCCCUCCAUACAACUCCAACUCCAGCACAUUCUGCGGCCUGCCAGGCGUAAUGGCGUGCACAGAACCAUCGGAGGCACUUCAGUGGGAUGGUUUCCACCUCACGGAGGCCGCCUACAGGCUCAUCGCCGACGGGUGGCUCCACGGACCAUACGCGGAUCCUCAUAUACUGCAUGUUGCACACUAGUUCCAUGUCAGGUAGA